AUGAACAUAGGAAAAAAUAAUAAGGAAAUGCCUAAUUGUAAGAGAAUCUACAAAAACAGUUCGAAUCUACAAAAACAACAUUGCAUGCUCAACACAUACAUACAUAUGUAUACAUGUCUUCUCAUCUCUUCCUAUCCAUAUGACCCGCCGGCUAUAAUAUAGUCUAUAAUCUUUGAUCGAUGAACUAAAAAACAAAAAAGGGGAGGAGGAGGAAAAGGACGCCAAAGUGGUAAUAACCAACGUUCAUUUUUUUAUAAUCGAUAAAUGCUGGAAGAUUAGUCUUUUUGUUAGUUUUGAUAGAAUUUUAAUUGCUUAUCUUUUUUUUUUGAAAACUGAAAUUUUUUAGAGUUAUAAACAGAAACAAUGUUGUUUGUGAAAAUCUCUUUCUCUUUCUCUCUCGAAUUCAACUUUUUCAAAUGAAACUUUUAUAGCGUCUUAUUUUAUUUGAACAUACAAAAAUGAAUUUAUUUUUUCAGGUAAUCAUUUAUUCUCCAACUAUGUCGCAAAAAGCCGCACCAACAAGCAAAGCCGCCUCCGCCGCCUGCUGCUGCGAACGCUGAAUUGGUUGCAGCUGCCAACGCUACAUAUGUGAGUGCGAUGUUGCAAGAUCCGAAAGGCGCAGAAGCCAUUCGUUAUUUUUUGGAGAAACCUUCAACGAUGGUAUUCAACGAGGUAAGACAAUUUCGACAUUUUUCUGAUAUUUAUUACGAAUAUCUCUUAUUUUCCAAAAUAAUGAUUUGGUUUUCAGUUUGAUGAACUCUAAUCGAUUCGAAAAAAUGGCCAUGUAAGCCCGCCAACUGAAACUGUAAAUGCGCCAAUUCCACCAAAUGCUCGUCGUGAAUUGAAUUUUGAUCAAGAUCGUAUUGAAGGACACACUCGGAGAAAUGCUCAAUUAGCAAAUCAAUCGCCGGUUGCUAUGAGACAGCGUUUAUCGUAA